ACAAGAUAUCAAGGGAGGUGACCCAACUUGUUUUUAGUUGGUACCGGGAUAUCUGAAUCAGUGAAUGGCAGGUUCGAUCUUAUACUGAUCAGGACCCAAAAAAAUCGAUCACCCAAUGAUUGGAAAGUGUGAAGUCCUUGGCCUGGGGAAGCAUGAACGUGUUCUGGCUGUUCUUGUUUUGAAUCAUUUGAACAGCGGACACAACUGCGGAGAGCUAGACAAAUUAUUCACAAUUUAUUUUUGAAUCAUGGCAUCCGGUGGAGAUCUGGCAGCGGUCAAGCAAACAUUGCUGAAGUACAAAGAAAGGUCAGAAACAACUGAUUGCCUGAAACUGACCCCGUUCAUGAAGUGUAUUGAGGCCUGCGGUCUGAAGCAGUAUAAGACAACAAUAGAGGCCUCCAUUUGGGCUCUGUUCCAAGAUAAAGCAAAGAAAAUAGCGAUUGAUAAGAUAGCCACGGAUGUUAUCAACGAGACUGCCGCUGACGUCAUUGCCAAGAAGCGAAAGAUAACAAAAGGGAGAGCACCAGUGGAUGAUCCCGAGGUCCAGGCUCUGGCCAAUGAUAUAAGGGCUAAGAUCGCGGCCAAAGCAAACGAGGAAACAAAGGCUGCCAAAGUUGAUGCUACAACAGCUCGCCUGACAGACGUAUCAGGAUACACUGGAUCACAUAAAGAGAGAUUCACAGAAGAUGGAAAAGGAAAAGGCAAAGAUGGUCGAGUGGAAACAGUGGAGAACUCUGGUUAUGUUGGAAACUACAAAGGUGCUGGAACAUAUGACAAGAAACAUUAGACAAUAGAAAUCAUCUUUUUUCCCUUCAUGUUACCUUUUUUUUUUUUGAUUUUACAAAUUUCCUUCACAAUUUCCAGGCAAAAUAAAUAUCCAUAAAAUACAACUUGUACAAUACAAUACAUAAGUUUUAUGUGUAUAUACUCUGUGAUACUAGCAGCCUUCAGUUUUUUAUUAGUGCCUAAUUUUACACUUCUUCUAUUUGUACAUAGUCAGUGUGGAGACUUUGUUUUCUUUCAAGCAGAACAUUUUUUUUUUACCAGUUCGACAAGUUUCAAGUCAUACAUUUGAUGAAAUUUCAAAAAAUACACUGUCUCUUUGUGUGGUUUCAAUUUGAACCAAAAUAUUUGUGUACCAGAUUAUAAUUAAUGUCAAUAUUGUAUGUUGUAAUAAACAUUUAAUUUAUUCUUAAA